AUGGAGUAUAGUUAUAAGCAAUUUGUGACAGAAAUUCAAAAUUUUGUGGAUAAAGCAAUUCUUACCUCAACACCUGUUGACUGCAGAAUAGUCGAGACAGAUGAAGACUGUAGUUAUGCCCCUCAAGAAGAUUCUUCAGAGACUGCUCAAUAUCUCCAUGUUGAGCUCUUGGAAGGAGAUAUUUCUCCUGAUUUCAUUUUUACUUAUAAGAUUGACAUAAUAUACUCAUGAAUCUUACAACUGCCAGAGAUUUAUUUCAGCACCUCCAAAAGGAGCAAAGACAGUGGAGAAACCAUCCAUAUUCUAACAUUCGAUGAAUUUAAGGAUUCUGAACUUGGCAAAAUCUUUGAAGACAUGAAUGAGGAACAACAGAUGGCCUUUUUAACUCCAAAAUAUCACCCAAUUAGCAACAGCAUUGCAUUUACACUUCACGAAUGAGAGCUAGAAAGAGUCAUGAGGAAUACUGAGUCUGACAUCGCCGAGAUUAACUAUCUCAACAGGUGGAUCAGCUUCGUAUUUCAAGCUAUUGGCAUCCAGACAAUUUACAAAGACAAGGAGUUCAUCGAAACAGUCUUCAAAGAUUAG